AUGGAUUUACCAUCCGGAUCCGGGUCUCAUGACCCGGGAGAGCCUGACGGAACAUCGUCCACAGGUGGUGGUGCAGACGACUCUCCCGCCGGAAGGUCAACGGUUCAUACACCACCACCACCACCACCACCACCACCACCGCCGAGCAGAUAUGAGUCUCAGAAACGACGCGAUUGGAACACCUUCUUACAGUACCUGAGCAACCACAAGCCGCCGCUAACGUUGGCCAGGUGCAGCGGAGCUCACGUGAUCGAGUUCCUCAAAUACCUUGACCAGUUCGGGAAGACGAAGGUGCACGUGACUGGUUGUCCGUACUUCGGUCACCCAAACCCACCGGCGCCAUGUGCUUGCCAGCUCAAGCAAGCUUGGGGGAGCCUAGACGCGCUCAUCGGGAGGCUCCGAGCUGCCUACGAGGAGAACGGCGGCCGACCUGAGUCAAACCCGUUUGGAGCCAGAGCCGUGAGGAUGUAUUUGAGAGAAGUGAGAGAAAGCCAAGCCAAGGCUAGAGGUAUUCCGUAUGAAAAGAAGAGAAAACGACCUGCCCGUGGGACGGCGGCGGCACUGAAAGUGUCGGUGGCUGUGGGUGGUGGCAGCGCUCGAGAUGAUGGUAGUGGAGCCGGUGAAGCCAUUUCUAGCAGCGCUCCGGCUCCUUCCACACUUUAAAUAUCAAGUUAAACUUGAUUAAUGUUUAUAAUUAAUAGUAAUUAGC